GGAGAAACCAAGACCCAAACUCACUGCUCCUAAGAUCCCAGAAGGGGAGAAAGUAGACUUCGAUGAUAUCCAGAAAAAGCGUCAGAACAAGGACCUCAUGGAGCUCCAGGCCCUCAUCGACAGCCACUUUGAAGCUAGAAAGAAAGAGGAAGAAGAGCUGAUUGCACUCAAGGAGAGAAUUGAGAAGCGUCGUGCAGAGAGGGCUGAGCAGCAGAGGAUCCGCGCUGAGAAGGAGCGGGAACGCCAGAACAGACUGGCGGAGGAGAAGGCCAGAAGAGAGGAGGAAGAUGCCAAGAGGAGAGCCGAGGAUGACAUGAAGAAGAAAAAGGCUCUGUCCUCCAUGGGUGCCAACUACAGCAGCUAUCUGGCCAAGGCUGACCAGAAGAGAGGCAAGAAGCAGACAGCCAGGGAGAUGAAGAAGAAGAUUCUUGCAGAGAGACGCAAGCCUCUGAACAUCGACCAUCUCAGUGAUGACAAGCUGAGGGACAAGGCCAAGGAACUCUGGGAUACCCUGUACCAACUGGAGACUGACAAAUAUGAGUUUGGGGAGAAGCUAAAACGCCAGAAAUAUGAUAUCACUACUCUCAGGAGCCGCAUUGACCAAGCCCAGAAGCACAGCAAGAAGGCUGGUGCUACAGCCAAGGGCAAAGUCGGCGGACGCUGGAAGUAAAGGAGCCAAGCAGUGCGCUGCAGCAGAGACCUUCUACCCUGACUUCUGCCAGCUCUGCACCCUCCAACCCUCACGCCCAGGCUUCUUCUGGAGCUCAGGGCCCA